CACAAAUGUCGAGUUGCUCAGUGAACGUGAAUGCAACAUUACCGUGCAACCCGGCGGGGAAAUCAAACGACCUCUCAGACAACAGACAGCCGGACUGCAGCGGGCGGGCUGUGAGUUCAUUUAGACAAAUAAUUACAAAUAGAGCCAAGUGGUUACCUAAAUAUCCUACCUUUGAAUUGACUCACGUCUGUGUCCGAGCGUUCAUAGUAAUCACUUUUCCAUGGGCAGCUACAGCGACUCCACCAGUGACCUGGAUGAGGAGUUUCCUGUGUUUGACUUCCUCAGCCAAGCCUCCAGGAGCCGUGCAGAGAAACCAGAAUCCUGUGACCCGAAUGGCUCUGAAAAAGCAGCCAUCUUCAGCGCUGGCAUGUGUACAGGGACGGCUGAUGUGAUGAUGAUCAACAGCGGUUCUGAUGACGAUGAACGUUAUGUCCCUCUGGCACAGAGACUCAAGCAGAGACAAGGCAAUGUGAUUAGUGCCUCCUCCGCUGUCACUAAUGGGAAAGAUGCUGAGCAGCAUUCGCCUUACAAUCUGGCCAGCUCGCAUCUCUCUUGCCAGAAUGGUUUUUCAGAGUCAGAGCGUCCGCUCGGCUUCCAUCAGGUGAGAACGGUGAACUGCGGGGGCUCGAGUGGCUCAGAGGAACUGGUGGCUCUCCCUCAGCCAUGGCUGCCUCCGAAGCCUCUCACAGACACGUUUCCCGCCAAGAGGAAACCUCCCAAGCGGGCGGCGGAGGAGAUCCAGGCUUCCAGGGAGGAGGCUCUGAGGAAGAGGGAGGCCAGGGAGAGGCAGCAGCAGGGCAAGGAGGCACACAGGCAGGAACAGGAGAGACAGAAGGCAGAGAGGAAAGCUCUGGCAGAGGCUGCCAAGGCCCUGAGGCCAGAGGAGUGUAUAAAGCACAUGGUGGUGGCUGUGGACCCAGCUCUCUUACAGCUGGAAGGAGGCGGGACUCUGCUGGCGUCGGUGCAGGCUCUUGGUUGUAGCUGCGCCAUAGAGAAACAACCCCUCCCACGCAGUGUGAGUUGGAUGAGGAGGUCUCCCUGUGCACAGCCGGAUGAUGGAGUGUGUGUACCGGAGGCCCAUGUUGUGAUGCAGAUGACAGUUGAUGACAUCAUCACGCUUAUCCACAGCUACAUUCAGGAGCAGAGGCAUGGCAGGUCUGGAUCUGGUCCCACUCUGACGUCCUGGGUGCAGGACCAGCAGAGGCGGCACCCUGACAAGACGCUCAGCCUUGUUGUCAUUGACCUCGAGAAAUACUUCAGAUCCCAGAAGGCACAGGGUCAGAAAAGGUUUCGCGAGGCAGUCGCAGGUGAGGAGCAAGGGGGAGGAAAGGCGAAGAAGAGGAGGAAGAACGGAGCGGAGUCGCUGCCUGAGGUGACACGAGUCGAAGUGGAGGAGGCAGUGGUGCAUCUCCAGCUUCACACCGGCGUCUCAGUCCGCUUCUUGUCGACCUGGAAGGACUUCUCAGAUCACAUCACCAUGACAACCAAAGCGGUUGCAGAAGCCCCUUUCAAGCGAGAGAGGGAGAAGACGGGCUUCUCUUUCCACCUGGAGAUGGAGUGGGCAGGAGGGCAGCGGGUGGACAAAGCUGGGAAAGGGCUGCUGCAGGUGUGGAAGCGACAGAUCCAACAGUUGAACAGAGUCAGUCCAGACAUGGCCUCAGCCAUCCUGGCAGCGUAUCCCUCCCCACAGCUGCUCAAGAAGGCUUACACAAUGUGCAAGACUGAUCGCGAGAAAGUCUCCCUGUUGUCUGACCUCCUGAUCCGGAGAGGAGAAGGCGUCACCUCUACGACACGACGGGUUGGCCCGGAGCUUUCCAAACGCCUCUUCCUUGUGAUGAACUCCCAUGACCCUGAACAGAUUCUGGACUCCACCGUCUGACCUUAUGAAGGCUGUUUGGUUCCAAUCUUGUUCCUGGCUUGGAACUGUUCACAACAUUGAAUUUGAUACUAAGUAGUCAGAGUUAUGUUUUGAUGUGAUGUGUAUAUAUUAAAGUUUUAUGAAAAUA